GCCCCUCCCCCCCAUAGCUCCAUCACUUCUUUCCCAAGCUCGCAAGAUGGCUCAUCUUCGUUUUGUUCUAUCCUUCCUCCUAGCAAUCAGCUCCAUCUUGUUGGUGCAUGCCGCGGAUGAAGAUCUGCUGCAGGACUUUUGCGUUGCGGACAAUUCCUCCAAGAUCAAGGUGAACGGCUUCGUCUGCAAGGCGGCCGACGAUGUCAAAGCCGAGGACUUCAAGUCGAGCCUCCUGGCGACUGCCGGGAACACCGUCAACAAGCUCGGCUCCAACGUCACGCUGGCGAGCGUCAACAAUUUCCCCGGUCUCAACACCUUUGGCGUCGCUUUUGCCCGCAUCGACUACGCUCCCGGCGGCACCAAUCCCCCCCACGUCCACCCCCGAGGAACCGAGCUGCUCUUCGUCCUGCACGGGACCCUCUACGUCGGGUUCGUCACCACCUUGCCGGACAACAAGCUCUUCGCCCAAAAGCUCAAUCCAGGGGAUCUUUUCGUCUUCCCUCGGGGGCUCAUCCACUUCCAGCUCAAUGUGGGAGAGGAGCCUGCGGUUGGGCUCGCUGGCUUCAACAGCCAGAACCCCGGGGCGUCUCAGGUGGCCAAGGCGGUGUUUGCUUCCAAUCCUCCAAUCAACGACGACGUGAUCGCGAAAGCGUUCCAGAUUGACGACCGUGCUCUCAUCCAGAAGCUGAGAGACCUCAUCGCCUUGACUUGAAAGUCUCUCCAAACGUUGCGAGGUUGUAAGCCUUGCCUGUCAUCAAACCUUACCUAUCGAUAGUGGAAGCUUUCGUAAGCACAGCUGAUUUUCAAUAAAAAACAAAAGCAAACCUUGCAAAUAA